AUGCCAGAUGAAUGGGUCGAGAAAGGUCUUGUUGCUGAAGCUGCACGUCAGAGACAAUUAGAAACUCUUAAUCACCGCCUUGGAAAGCUCGACUUUGAUGGUGUCGAGCCUGAACUCGGCAUGCACUUGCUGUCACUACACUGGAACCGACAACAUCACUCGUUCCUCACAACCUAUCGCCCAGCCUUCAUGCGUGACAUGGCCUGCGGCGGUCCCUAUUUCUCCAAGCUGCUUCUCAACGCCAUCUACUUCGGUGCGUCCAAGUUCAGUCCACGCCACGAGGUCCGCCGAGUAGUGGAUGAUGUCCGCACUGCAGGUUGGCAGUUUCGUCAAAGAGUGCGAGAGCUUCUAGGCGGUGCUUUAGAUAAGAGUGAGAUUACGACCAUUCAGGCUCUACUUGUUAUGACCAACUCUCUUUUUGCUCUGGGCGAUGAACGCAGUGCCGCCUGGCUCUAUGCUGGACUAGCAUUCCGCAUGAUCGUCGAUCUUGGUAUCCACGUUGACACACCUGUCUUGUCAGGGUCUCGUAAACUAUCUGAUGAGGAUCAUGAAAUUCGGCGUCGUGUCUUUUGGGCAGCAUUUGUCGUUGACAAAAUCCAAAGCUUGUACCAAGGUCGCCCGGUCACCAUGAAAGAGUCAGACACACUCGUGCCCAUUAAGUUCCAGGAUACAUACGAGGAACUUGAGCAUUGGACUCCCUUUUCAUACUCUACGCAAUCAGACGCUACCUAUCUAGGCUCUCCAGCAUAUAGUAUCUCGACAUUCCGACAGCUCUGCCAGCUCUCAGUCAUCCUCAGUGAUAUUCUCAGCACUAUUUAUACCGAAAGAAGCUUUGAUGCAAGCCCUGCAGAGCUGUCCUCCAAACUAGAGAGCAUCCAUCAGAAGCUAAUAACGUGGCGCAGGCUCCUGCCUGAGCAUCUCGCCAUAGAUGUAAACCAAGCUGCUAUGACUCCUCCUCCGCAUGUUCUUAGCUUGUACGCUCUCUACAAUGUCCUCACCAUUCUGCUACAUCGACCUUUCGUCGCCGACGGGCACCUCUACAAUACUUCCCGCGCCAUUUCUGUGAAUUCGUUCAUGGCCUGUGCCACCGCAGCGGAUGACAUUGUACAGCUUCUUCGGGUAUACGAUAAAGCUUUUAGUGUGCGAAGAGCUCCCUACCUGAUUUCAUAUGCGACUUAUGUAGCAGCGACCGUACACGUCCGUAUUGCGGCGAGGCGUGGUCCGGGCUCUCAAGCUCACAGCAGCCUCGAGGCUUGUUUGGCCGUGUUUCGCGAGAACCAAGAGACAAAUUGGGCAGUGCGACGCGCCAAUGCCAUUGUGCAGAAUCUGAUGAAAAGAUUGGGGGUCGCGAUGUCCAACCCGGACGACACACGGAUCAAUAGAGACGUUUGUUAUGGCAGCCACAACAGUACACCGGGUGUAUCGCCAAGUAGAUUGACGAGCCGCCAACCUAGCUCUCAAAGUCUCGACAUAGAUGGCAUUAUUCAGAGUUUCGUCCGAGAGCGAGAGCAAGAGCCAUCGCACAUAGUCCAGCCAGGUUUAGCAGGCUCUGCCAAUCCUUCAGACAUGGCCACGCCUGCGCAAUCGCAUCUCGCCCACUCGACUACCGAGACAUCAAAUAGGCCUUACGACAAUACCGCAACUUGGAUGUACCAGGACCAACAACAGCUCUUCAACGAACAACCGGUAACAGUAGAUGACCUCCUCUAUGGCUUCCAUGGCUCAGAGCUCGAUAAUAUCCCGAUCUUGGACUGGGACGUGUGA